AAGUGCUGAACGAAGUGGGAUAAGCAGUAGUAGUGACUGAAUAGCUGCCAAAUGCAGGGCUGACCUUCCAUAGCGGCUUUUUGCUUUCCAUCCAAAGUGCUUCAGUUGCCGUCCUUGGCACGGAGUGAAAGGGGAGGAAUGAACUUUCCUGAGGUCACAGCAGCUAUUAAGGAAUAGUCUGCAGAAAGCAAAAGGCCACCGUCAUGUCGUCCGGUCAGGAAUCUGUUUUUUCUGAGUAUGAGACUGAAAGCAGCCAGACAUCGAAGCUGUUAAGAAAAUUUAAAGAGACCCCGUUUGUACCCAUUGGAAUGGCUGGCUUUGCCAUGGUGGUGGGCUACGGGCUAUACAAGCUGAAGCACCGAGGUGACAUGAAAAUGUCGCUUCACCUGAUUCACAUGCGAGUGGCAGCGCAGGGCUUCGUAGUGGGAGCAAUAACGUGUGGUGUGCUGUAUUCAAUGUUGCGGGACUACGUGGUAAAACCCAAGGAGUAGUGGGAAGAUGAUUGAAAUCUAUGUCCUGGUGGUGGCCUGUGUACUGCAGCUAUAAACCUCCUAUCGAGGCGUUCUUGGAAAAAAACAAAAAACCAAAAAACAUAUGUUAUUAGAGGAUUACCCUGUAUCUGUCUUGUGUAUGGUACCCUGUCUUGAGGCUGUCAGUCUAAAUGAUUGCGCGCACGGGGGUAGUGGGUAUCAAGGUCUGUUUGUUUUUGAUCGACACUGCCCUAUUCCAGCUCUUAGGGGAUGUAGUAGAGUAUGAUCCCUUUAUCUUCCCCUUGAGUGUUAACUCACUCAUACAAUUGGUGAUUUCUUUUGCUGCCAUUGCCCAAACUGACAAAGUCUAAACCUGUCUGAGCCUCAGCCAGGACAGAAGAGAGGCCACGUCUACAAGAUAUGUCGUGAAUGUUUUACUAUGUCAUUUUCUAUUCUGUAUAUUUGUCAAUCUCCAGCCUUGUAAUUUAGAAGCUUCCACUAGCACUAAAUGAUUCCUAAAAUAUCAAAAGGUCUAUAAACAUCUUUUUUUUUAUUUAAGGUGUGAGAUAAGUAUUUGGUAUGUUGCAGCUAUAUUUAAAUAUAUUUAUUCAUUGUUAAUGACUCAAGGCACAGGCUCCGUAUUUUUACUAGAUUAUAGAUUUUGAGAUUCGUGGAUUGCUAAAUCUUGUAACUAUUCUCAGUGUGCUUUUGGGUAACAUUUAAAGGUAACCUUUAAAAUAUACAUUGUGAAAACUAAAUCUCGGUUGGUGUUCUAAAGCUUUUAAAGUAUAGGCUCUAGCUUUUGACUUUGCAGUUGUUGUUCUGCGUAGAAACUCUUAAAAUGCUGAAAUUUGAAAAGUCCCCGUCAUCCUUGGCGAGAUGUAAAACGCUUCUCUGUAAAUUGCCGAUGUCGUUCUGCAGGGGAACCCCUUGCCUUUCAAAGGGUGGUCGCAAGAAUAAACGCGGUAAGGCGAAA